GUAAAGAAAAAGAGAAAGAACGUUGACGUCACGAGUUAGUUUCGUAUCCAGGCAGCGUACACGUCAAAGUGCUAGUGCGGUCGCGGCGUGAUAUUUGGGCCCACAUUUGUGUUGGGAGCUUCGGAAUUUGCUUCCGAGCCGAUUGUUCCGGCGUACAAUCACUUCCGACGUUUGUCUGGCGUGUUUUCAGCCGUGCCCGAUGCCGACAAAGUUCCAGACCGAGUGUCAAUAUGCCUCUCGGCGAUGAAUGUUGCCCACAAGUAUGAGGUUCGGUGGCCUGUGACACAGAGCGUGACUCGAUGCCUGCCAUAGCAAGCACUGGGUCCCGUGGAGGAGGCACAGCUGAGCCCCUGAUGGCUGCCCCACCCGGCAACCCAGAGGCACUCCUGAAUGGUCAGCAGCAGCAGGCACCUUUUAGGCCACCCAGGCAGCCGGCUACGCUGCAGCCACAACCACAGCCACAGCCCCAGCCACUCAAUCCCGAGGCCCUCGGGGAUCGUGUGGAACCCCGCCCACCAGCUCAUUGGGAGGUGGUGAAUGGUGAAAAGAGCGGACUGCGCUGCAAGGGCCCAGUGCAGAAGGGCUAUGGCGCUGCCCCCAUGGGUGCUGUCAGUGCUGCCGCUCCGUCUUAUGUGGCACCCCCGCAUGUGGUGCUUUUGCACAUCAAUCCGGGAGAGACCAUCUUUUUCCAGAUGGGCGAUCAAAUGCAAUUUGUCCAAGGGCCUGCCACAGUGCAGCUUGUGUCCAACAGCAGUACGCCUCCCAUGGCAGUGCCAGUUCAGGUGCCUCCGGGUCACGUGAUGCAGCAGAUAGUGGAUGAGAACGGCACGCUGCGCCACAUCAUCCUUUCGCCGCAACCUCCCCACGUUGCCAUGCCCCAGCCUGCCCCCUAUGUGGUCCUACUGGAAAAGCGUACGGUGCUAUACUUUUCUUACCAGGGUUUGGUCUACUUCCGAGCGGACGUCGUGCGUGUGCUUACGCUGUCCCAAUACACGACGGGGGCAGCGCCCGGUGCGGCCCAGCCCGCCUUCUACCCGUAUCCGGCCACGGCUGCUGCUGGUCCAGCCGCACAGGCUUCCCCUUCGGCUGCGCCACCUUUUGUGAGCCAGUUUCACUCACCUGCUGCCAUGCAGUCUCAACUCAGCCCACACUCGCCACAGGGCCAUGCAAAUCCCAGUGGCCAGCCCCACAAGGAUGAGCGGUCACAGAAGCAGUUCUUCAAGCUACGCAAGAAGCUAGAAUCUCGCCCGCCUCCCUCUACUUCGGGUGCACACUCGGAGCCUCCCAGAUCAAGCCACAGUUCACCGGGCCCCUCAGGUUGUGGUAGACCUGGCCACGGAGCCGAACAACAGGUGGCCUUGCCACGGUGUGCAGAGGCCCUGGUGCAGCUGUCCUCUCUGCGGGUGCCGACGGUGUCGCAGCUUGGUGCUCGGCAGGCGGUGGCAUCCUGGAGUGCCCCAGAGGCAUCUGGGGGAGCCACACUGGAUGGUGUGGCCUACGAGCUCCUGCUUUCUGAGAAGGGCUUGGACAGGCCCGCAAAGCUGUUCAAAUGUGGCAAAUCAUUAGAACAAAAGCUGGAAGAUCUGAAGCCCGCGACAGAGUACUUGCUUUGCAUUCAAGCCCACUUGGAUGACAUCCGAGGAAGUCCUUCACCUAGUGUUGAGUUCAAGACAAGCUGCUGUGAACCAGACACACCCCAACCGCCCAAACUUGUGUCUCGAACUAAAAACACAAUAGUGGUGAAAUGGAAUGCUCCUUCCGACAAUGGAUCAAAGAUCACCUGCUACAUGCUCGAGUACGACCAGGGUAACGAUGGCCAAUUCGUGCCAGUGUUCACGGGGCUGCAGAAGCAGUUCAAGGUGUCCAAGCUGGCUGCCUCAACUGUCUACAGUUUCCGUUUGGCUGCAACCAAUGCAGUGGGCACCAGCCCAUGGAGUGGUGUGAGCCGAUUCACGACGUGUGGUGCCGCUCCUCCAGCCCCAGAACCACCAAAGGUGCUGCAAGUGACUUGCUCCACGGCGACACUAGAGUGGAAUGCCCGGCCCUGUGAUGACUCCUACACCCUUUCCAUAGAGCAGGAAGGAUCGCAACAUGGCUUCUUGCCAGUUUACAAUGGGUCUGACACCAAGUUCACCUGUACACGUCUUGUCCGUAAGACCGAAUACAGGUUUCGGCUGGUUGCCCACAAUGAAGAGGGUUCAAGCGGGCCGAGCCGUGUUGGAAACCUUCAAACUCUGGCCGAUCGCCCGGGAAGGCCAUCCCGCCCCUCUGCUAAGGGGCGCGUCCACAGCAAUCACUUCGUUGCAGCUUGGGAUGCACCUAAGGAUGAUGGUGGUGCGCCUGUCACUCAGUAUUGCUUGCAGAUGGAUUCUGGAAAAGGAUUUGAUGCAGUGUACACUGGCUCGGAACGGGAGGCAACGUGUUCUGGCUUGGAACCUGGUUCCUCGUACAGGCUCAGAGUGAACUGCACAAACUGUGGAGGCACCAGCGAUUUUUCGGAGGUGUCUACUGUUGUAACAACGGCCCUGUGCCCUGGAAUGUGCGACCCUCCUCGACUCCACGGGAAACCCAAAGCCAUUUCGGCGCACCUGCGAUGGGGAGCAGCGUCAUCAACGGGUGGUGCUGCCGUGACGGCGUACGAGCUCCAGGUUUCCGAGGAGGAUGAUAGCCAGUCACGAGUGGCUUACCGAGGCCCUGACAUGGACUGCACGGUGGCAGGCCUCUCGCCAGGCCGUACCUAUCUGUUCCGUGUGCGGGCAGUCAACUCGGUCGGGGCGGGGCCCUGGUCGGAGCCACUGCAUGCACAGAGCGGAGCGGGUGCUCCGGAUCCACCUGCAAACCUGGCAGUCCAAGUGAAGGGCUCGACCUGCGCUGCUGUCUCGUGGGACGAAGCAGUCUGUCACGGAGCUCCGGUCUCUGAGUACCAGCUUGAGUGUCGUCGCACCGGCAGUGAAGAGGAUGCUGCCUACGUGCAAGUGUAUGCCGGACGUAACACCCACUACGAAGCACGCAGCCUCGAGCCAGCCUCCGCUUACUGCUUCCGUGUCAUGGCCUGCAGCAGCGCCGGCUCGAGCACCUUCUCCGAACCGAUAGAGUGCAGCACGCCUGCCGGUGUCCCUGGACCUGUGGGGUCUAUGACAUGUGUCCGGGGGCCCACCAGCCUUGAAGUGUCCUGGUCUGCGCCUGCGUGCCACGGUGCUGAAAUCACCCACUAUCUGGUCGAAGUGUGCGAAGGACCACCGGUACACAGUCAGGCACAGGCAGCAUCCAGCCAAGCAGCGUCAUCAUCUGUGACGCACACCACCGAGGGCACCCAAAUUCUGCUCGUAGACUUGCAGCCGGAAACCAAUUACAGGGUCCGGGUGCAGGCUGUAAACGCAAUCGGCGCAGGCCCCCUGAGCAACCCUGCAUUGCGCACGAGCACGCAGGCCCUGCCACCACCCUCACCGACCCUUGAGUGCCUCUCGGCUGGGCACAACAGCCUGCGGCUGCGCUGGAUUGACCACCCAACAGCGCGAGAUGUGCUCCAGUACACUCUCGACAUGGAGGUCAAGCCUGGCAUCUUUGCGAUGUUAUACCAGGGACCCAGCCACUCGUACAAAGCUCUGCGGCUGCAGGAGAACCAGACUUAUCGGUUCCGUGUCCGUGCUUCGAGCGAUGCUGGAGAGGGGCCCUACACGGAACCGUACUCCUUCACCACCAGCCGUGCUGCGCCACCUGCCGUCAAAGCACCACGUGCCAGUCCGUUGGGUGAGAGCAGCUGCUUGCUGGAGUGGCAGCCAGUGAAGCCCGUGGGCGACGACCCCAUCAGCUACGUGGUGCAGCUGCAGCACUCGGGCAGCUCCGAAUUCUCUGUGGUGUAUCGCGGACGGGACACCAGCUGCACCCUGAGCAACCUUGUGCCACGGGGUGCCUUCCACUGGGCCCGUGUGGCAGCGGUGCGCCACUGCCCACAGAGCCCCGAGCCCCUGUGUGGCCCGUACGGUCCUGCCACCUCCUUCCAGCUAAGUGCCCCCUCUGCGACCACCUCCGAGCCGGCCAGCGAGUCUGCCACUGCUGCAGCCCGUUGCACGACCUGGGCCCUCGGAGACCAGCAGUGGGCAGGGCUCCUGGUUGGUGUCUUCACCCUGGUAGCUGUCCUGGUGGCUGUGCUGCUUCAAGAGCUGGUAUCCUGGACGCAAUGACCAGCACAGGGCACAGCUGCUGCACUAAUUCAUUCUCGCGGUGCACCGAAGGAAAGCUUGCCUUUGAUGCCAGCUGCAGAAGCAAUCUGUAAACGUGGGCCAAACUGUGUGUGGAGCUUUUCGCCGAUCGACCCCGACUGGACUCCGUGUGUGAACUCUUCGUAGGCACGGCGUCUUCUCUCCCCGUCUGUCUGCGUGCCGCAGCCGCUCGUCUCGCUGCCCGAGAAGUGUCACGCAUGCGCAGCGCCUUUAGGAGCUUUGCGCUCAGGGUCUAGAAACCGUAGAUGAUGCACUUGUUUCCCUGCACUCUUGUUGUGAGGCAAUCUCUGAAGCCUGCUUGUGGUCCAACGUGGCUCUUCUGUCCUGGGCACUAUUUCUGUGAGAAAAAAACAAACACACAAAAAAAGGGGGCUGGGGUGGGUGGGAUGGGGCUGUGGGGGGGCAUCGUGCAAUGUUGUCUGCCCUUCUUGGCACUCAAUGUCAUGACCUCUCUCUCUUUCUGUCUGUUGGCUGCUUGGUAUCGUGUGGGCCUUUUAAAUGUGCGUGCGUGUCUGUGUGUUGGUGACAUCUUGCAUGAUGAAGGGCUCUAUUAGUUCCAGGUGAGUGCUCCCUGUGUGUGUGUGUGUGUGUGUACAAACGUGUGUGCAUCUGUGCACGCUGCAAUGUGCACGUUUUAAGUGUGGCUUUCUGAACCUGGCAGAACUUGUGAUCUCUGUUGCUUCUGUGCUGCUACAAAGUUGACAUGUUCGGGGUGUCAGUCUGACAGUGGUGUUCAGCCGUGCUUAACACCAGGGUUAAUUUCGCGAUUGGGUGGGACACACAUUUUACAUUGGCAGCAGUGCUGACAAGUCCACCUUUCCUGUUUAUUACUUCAUUUUUUCUUUUUCAAGUAUUUCAGUGCAUGUUCAUUUCGCCACUUCUAUUGGUGGGCUCCUCUGUGCAAGACAUUUGCUAACGUGCACUGUGUCUUUUUGUCUGGUCACACAACUGUGUCCCAUGUCUUCCCAUUCCUCGUAUCGGACCAGAUGUGCUCAGCCAGUGCCAGAUCUCUCAAAAACGAGUUUCCCCCAACCCCUGCCCUCUCUAUUUUUCAUUCUUUUUAUUUCUUCACAAUACUCGAGCCUUUUGGAUCACUUUACUCAUUGCUUUUCCUCUUUGGUUCCUCGGUUGGCACCUUACAAUACUGAGCCAGCCAGGCUUGUACGCCUUAUACACUUUUUCGUUUUGUAAUGUACGGGGUUCAAUAUUUUGGACCUCUGUGGAGAUCGUCGUAAUGUCACAGUUCCUGGAACAAAUCACUGAAGAUGUCUUCUGGCAUUUGACAAAGCCGGUCAACUGUGUUAUAUUGUCGCUGACGCUUUUUGGUGGGUGCAGAUGUUCAAAACUCAUUAUGGAAUCUUAGCAUGUCACUGCACAGUCCUUGCGCCGCAUUAUUCUUCCAUGAAUGAAUGUCCAGUGUUUGCAACAGUCCCGGUGCCGCAAUUGGGUCUUGACUCGAAAUAAUGCAUUACUCUUGUUUUUAUUGUUUUUUCCAAACCGGGUGUAUCUAUAUAUGUAUGUGUGUGCACGCUGAUUUUGUAAGCCUUAUUUUUACAGAUGUAUAAAACUUCUUUCUGGGGUGUACUUACUUGCUUUUGUUGCCUUUGUUUUAGAGCCGUUGCCUUUUUUUCUACACAGCCACCAGCAUUUUCCAGCACAAGCCUUCGAUGUACUAGUUUUGUUACUGCAUUAAGCAUUUGUAAGCCAGCAGCUACCUUUCUUGCACUCCGUUUGCGGGCUGCAAUAUUUUUUUUUAACUUUGGGAUUUUACAAUUUUUUGGCAUUAUUUACGCAUCUGACUUCUGCCUUUGUACAACCUUUGUGCGAAGUAUUUACCUUGUUAAACUUCAAAAAAAAAAGAUUAUGUUGCAUUUUGCUUUGCUUGAGUUUUCUCAAUUCAUCGUGAUUGUACUUUGUGCGGCAGUUUUUAUUUUAUUGUGGCAAGAAGAGUGGGCUUACUGACAAAGGUUUUUGAGACCUCAAUUCGCUCAUAGCCAUUUGCAUGGCCUCCCUUCGCUUUUUUUUUAUUGUUGGGUCGCAUGGCACUGACUCUGAGCCAAGGAUGGCCACAGCCACAUCAAUAACACGUUUGCAUCCAAGCACUGCACACUGGUGCACGUGAAUUGUGUAAAGAAGUUGCUGGUAAACCUGCCACUAUGCCCUAAAGCUUCUCGCCUCUCUUGCAUGUCAGUAGAAACGUGUUGCCUCGUUUCUGUUUAACCCCUUCCCGACGGGCAAGUGACCAAUGCAUUUGGGUUUGCCAUUGACGAAACUGUGCACGUAGCAUUGCAAGAUUGACUGGCCGUGGUCGUUGCAGACAUGGUGGCAGUAAAAAAAAUAUGGCACUGCAAUCACGCUGUAGUUAUAAAAAAACAAACAAAAGGUGCUGAAUGAUGGCCCAGUCUGGUUUUUAUGUGGUACCCAUGAUGACGGAGUGUGGUUGAAGUGCGGCAUGCCAGAGGAAGGCGAGAGGGUGUUAUUUUUGUUUGCUUUCUCGCCGUUAUUCUAGGUGCAAUGAUGUUGGUUUUUUUUUUUGUUUGUUUCUCUAGCGAGAUUGGCCACUCUGGGAGCGAAAAAGCAGGACUUUACGGUACUCCUCGGAGAAGAAAGCAUUUAGUCGCCGUUGCAAGCCCCUUGUCGUGCCGGGUGUACGUUUUUCUUUAGUUGCUCCGAACUUGACUGCAAGUUUGGAGCACUGUCGCGCCCCCCCUCCGACAUAGCUGCAUCGCAUUGUUUGUGAAGUUUGUGCAUAUGUGAAUGUGCAGGCAUGAGUUAUGAAAGUGAGCAUUUGAGCAUGAGGUAUUUUUGACAUGCAUGUGACCAGUCCACAUUGUUUUAUCCGUGCGCUGAAGUUUUUACAUAUCUAUGGGUUUAUUAACAGAAAAAAUUUUAUUUUCUUAAAUAUACAGUAGUAUUACUUGUCUAUAAUAUAUAUAUAUAUUAUACAUAUUGAGAUAUAUAUAUAUCUACAAAAUGCGUCGUAUAUAUAAUAUACAUAAGCUCUCCGGAUGUUUUACACGCAUUUCUUGUUACUCGUGUGUUCUGUUACUGACGAGUUUUCUUGGAAAAACAGCGAAGUGUCAAGGUACAGUGUGCAUUCUUCCAUCAGAUAGUGUUUGCUGUAACUGUUCCUUCCUGUACACAUUGUUUUGCUCACUACAACUAAUUUUCUUUUUUCGCUCUUGUAUGAUACCUGUAUAUUGCUAAAUGAAUAAACGUAUUCGCAACACAUC